CAAAGCGGCUGCAAGACUUUUACUGUGAAGUUAUCACGUAAAGUCAUGAUGCGACACAGGAACAUCCGCAUUCGGACUGCUAACAACUGCAGACAAGUGGCUAACGCUAAUGUUUGCUAACUAAUCCAGAUCGGUGCUGUUUUGGAACUGUGAGUGUGCGUGUAUGUGUGUGUGUCUCGUGUGAAGCAUGGAACAGUGUGCGUGUGUGGAGCGGGAGCUGGAGAAAGUGCUUCACCGCUUCGUGAUGUACGGGCACCAGUCGGAGGAGAGGCUGGACGAACUCCUGCGCAGCGUCUGUGAGAUACGAGGACAGCUGGUUGCAUUUGGAGUACAAGACGGAGAUCUCUCAGUCCUGUCUCAGACCAUGGCUCAGUGCUGUAAGAAUAUCAAAGAGACAGUCCAGAUGCUAGCCUCUCGACAUAAGGACAUUCACGGCAGCGUGUCUAAAGUGGGCAAAGCCAUCGACCGGAAUUUUGACGCCGAGAUUAGUGCUGUGGUCGCAGAGACUGUGUGGGACACUCCAGAGAGACAAAAACACCUGAGUGAAACCAUUGUGGAGCAUUUGUACAGACAAGGCAUGCUCAGUGUGGCGGAAGAUCUUUGUCAGGAGUCGGGUGUAGUUAUAGAUAUGAGCAUGAAGCAGCCUUUCCUCGAGCUCAACAGGAUCCUGGAAGCGCUAAGGAUGCAGAACCUGAGGCCGGCACUCGAGUGGGCAGUGACCAAUCGCCAACGUCUUCUGGACCUCAACAGCAGUUUAGAGUUUAAAUUGCACCGCUUGUACUUUAUCAGUCUGCUCAGCGGGGGGAUCAGCAAUCAGAUGGAAGCACUACAGUACGCUCGGCAUUUUCAGCCCUUUGCUUCGCAGCACCAGAGAGAUAUUCAGAUCCUGAUGGGUAGCCUUGUGUACCUGCGUCAUGGCAUUGAGAACUCUCCAUACCGGAGUUUGCUGGAAACCAAUCAGUGGGCGGAGAUCUGCAAUAUCUUCACAAGGGACGCAUGCGCUUUACUGGGCCUCUCUGUAGAGUCUCCUCUUAGUGUUAGCUUUGCCUCAGGCUGCAUGGCUUUGCCUGUGCUGAUGAACAUAAAGCAGGUGAUCGAGCAGCGGCAAUGCAGCGGUGUCUGGACGCACAAAGACGAGCUGCCCAUUGAAAUUGACCUUGGCAAGAAAUGCUGGUACCACUCGGUGUUUGCCUGCCCCAUCCUCAGACAACAAACCUCGGAGAGCAACCCGCCCAUGAAGCUCAUCUGCGGUCACGUCAUCUCCAGAGAUGCUCUCAACAAACUGACCAAUGCUGGGAAGUUGAAAUGCCCAUACUGCCCCAUGGAGCAGAAUCCUUCACACGCCAAGCAGAUUUACUUUUGAUAGCUUGCUGGGAAAGAGGAUGAUGAAGUUCUCUGGAGCGCCUUGCAUUUCUCCAGGACCAUUAGCCACGACCUGCCUCCUUCCUCUGUCCCUGCCCCUGACCCAUUCUUGCAAGCAGUAAGCUUUGAUCCCGGUGCUCAUGGGAGACCUUUGGCCACCCUGGAGAAUUCAGGGUCCCUCUGCAACCUGCCGUGAGAUGAGGAGUCAUUAAGAAUGUCCUCACAACCAAACGUUGCUUGACUGAGAAUCACUCAUUCAAACUUGUUUGCAGCAGAAAUAUGAUGGUGACGAUGAUUAUUUAUAGUGUUUGCUCUUUGGGCUUUUUUUUUUUUUUUUUUUUUGCUGCAUUGUCUUCUAAAAAAAAAAAAAAAAAAAAAAAAAACCUGCUUGUUUUUCUUAAGGCAACGAGAACACCUUUUAGUGCAGAUGUGCAGUAGCACUCGAGUAAGACUGUUGCCUCAAGCACCUCUUUGAUCCAGCGCCACGGAUCGGUGUGGAAACAGCCCACGUGUGACUAACUCCACCAGCAAGAUUCUCCCCAAGUAGAAGCCGUUUGUUUUGUUCCAUGUAUGUAUUUAACAAACUCAACAUCAAGGAAAUAUAUGCUACUGUGAAAUGUGCUUUCCUUCCGUUGACCAUCGAAACAGCCUGAUGUAAAAUAGCUAAGCAAACAUGCUUAAUCGACACAGCACUGCUCGAGCUGAGCAAACAAGCUUAAUCGACACAGCACUGCUCGCCAACGCGCCGCAUGUCCCGAUACUGGCAUGCCAUAUGAGUUGGAAGUGCGACCAUUGCUGUGCAGUCUGCCCGGAAGGCCGGUGAUUCCGUUUUACUCGCCGCGGGUAGAGACGUCGUCCGCUGGAUUGUCUGUUGCAUAGGUUUGGUUUUCUUUCAAGACAGUUGCAAUAGCAGCAUCUUUUUUUUCCCCCUCAAAAAUCCUCAGGGCUCAUGCUCACAGCACAGGGAGUGUCAAGAAAAUUAAUUAAAGGACACCUUACAGAUUUUUGGCGGAUUCCCGCAAUGCUCCAUGGUAUCCAAAUGCAUGUUCCCAGUAUCCCCCUGGAAAUUGUCAUGUCACCUGACAUCAGUGAGCCUCAUUCGCUCCGCAAGCACUGCACCAGCAUAGCUGUCACACAUGAAACCUAUAGAACUAUAUUCAGUGUUACACACACAAGGCUUAUGUGGAUUUUCUUUAGAAUGGAGAUUUUAAUUUUCUUUGGGUGUGUGUUUUUGAGAUUCAAAUGACUUUUGGUUGGGAAUAGUUCUUCGCUUCCAGAGUCCAAGCACUCGUGUCUGUUUGCAUUUUCUGCUCUCCUGUACGCGAUGCGAGUUAGUUGUAAAUAUGUAACCAGUCAUGUUUCAUUUCCAGGUAUCAGAAAUAAAAGUUUAUAUUCCAGGC